GCUCCUACCAAUUGGACUCCGAUUUUGACAGUCAGCAGACGGCUGAGAGAGUCAACAGACAUGAACAACGCCACAGGCGCACUGGCAGCGGCAAAAGGAGUCGCGAAAAAUCACAGCACCUAUGUAAUACCAGGCAUGUACGACCUCUCUGUUGAGGACACCAACUGGGUGCUUACCUCCUCCUUCAUCAUUUUCACCAUGCAAACGGGCUUCGGAAUGCUGGAGUCCGGCUGUGUAAGCAUUAAGAACGAGGUGAACAUUAUGAUGAAGAAUGUGAUCGAUAUUGUGCUGGGUGGCUUCACUUACUGGCUGUUCGGGUAUGGAAUGAGCUUUGGCCGAGGCCCACUCUCCAAUCCCUUCAUUGCUAUCGGGGACUUUCUGUUGGAUCCACCGGUAGGCGAUGCUCUGAUGGGACAGAUCUUUGCAGCAUUCCUGUUCCAGCUGUCUUUCGCCACCACGGCCACAACUAUCGUUAGCGGCGCCAUGGCAGAACGUUGCAACUUUAAAGCUUACUGUCUAUUUUCGUUCCUAAACACCGCUGUCUACUGCAUACCCGCGGGGUGGGUGUGGGGGGAGCACGGGUUCCUUAACAAGCUAGGCGCCGUGGACAUUGCGGGCAGCGGACCGGUUCACUUAAUUGGAGGUGCCUCCGCUUUCGCCUCGGCCGCCAUGCUGGGACCUCGCUUGGGCCGCUAUUCAGAGGGCUACGACCCCCUGCCAUUGGGCAAUCCCGUCAACGCCUGCAUGGGUCUCUUCGUCCUUUGGUGGGGCUGGUUGGCCUUCAACUCGGGCAGCACCUACGGUGUGAGUGGGUCCAAGUGGCAGUAUGCGGCUAGGGCGGCCGUAAUGACCAUGAUGGGAUCCUUUGGCGGCGGAUUUAUAAGCUCAAUCUACUCCUUUUGGCGCCAUGGAGGCGGCAUGGACAUCAUGGACCUUAUUAAUGGUGUACUUGGAUCUCUGGUGUCAAUCACAGCUGGCUGUUUCCUGUACCGCGCCUGGGAGGCGCUAGUGAUCGGAGCCAUCGGCUCACUAUUCUGCGUCCUGGCCAUGCCACUGUUCGACCGUAUGGGUGUGGACGAUCCAGUAGGUGCCAGUGCCGUGCACGGAGUGUGCGGAAUCUGGGGUGUCAUUGCCGUGGGUCUGUUCGCCGAUAAUCCCAUUCCCCUGGACACGACAAACGGUCGCAGCGGGUUGUUCAAGGGCGGAGGCUGGUACCUUCUAGGGAUUCAGACGCUUUCGGCCUUAUGCUUGGUCUGCUGGGGCAUCUGCUCCACUUUCUUGCUGCUCUUCGUGAUCAACAAGAUAAUACCCAUACGCAUGGAUCCGCACGAGGAGCUGCUGGGCGCCGAUCUCACCGAGCACCGAAUCCGGCACUCGCAAAUAGGCUUGUCGCGGGCCAUCUCCGCAUUGGCACCCAUUAAGGUGGAUCUAAAGGAGAUCGCCGGCAUCCAGCCCAUUGGUAUUAAUCCUGGUCACGAGCGCAGUAUUGAACAGUUACGGGCAGCGGAAGACAAGCUGCAGCAAUGGCAAUCGUAUCUCGACCAGGUGAGUGCUCCCAAGUCCAACCAUCUUAAGUCAGAUGCCGGUCGAGAUCAUUUCAAGCCCAGGACGGCGGGCAACGUCUUUAACCGACGACUUCCUGUCCGAGACAAUUUCAGCGGUGGCCUGUAUAGGCCCAACAAUAGUGACUUGCCCGUCAUCGGUGGUCCAUCCUCAAAGCAGGAAAAGGACCCUAAUUUUGCUUGGGUGGAUUAGAAAUUACGCUUACAAUUUAUAAUUCAACUAGAGUUUUAUGAAUUUUU